GGUGUCCUAGCAUGCCUUCCUCUUCUCUCUCGCUCUCUCCGCGGUUUCCGGGUGCUAUCUCUGUCCGGAAAACGCCACAGGUGUGACGGCCGCCGCCUGGACUAGCUAGCAGCGCAGGGCAUCCUCGGCACCAUGACGGACCGCUACACCAUCCACAGCCAGCUGGAGCAUCUGCAGUCCAAAUACAUCGGCACCGGCCACGCCGACACCACCAAGUGGGAAUGGCUGGUGAACCAGCACCGCGACUCUUACUGCUCCUACAUGGGCCACUUCGACCUCCUCAACUACUUCGCCAUCGCCGAGAACGAGAGCAAAGCGCGCGUGCGCUUCAACCUGAUGGAGAAGAUGCUGCAGCCGUGCGGGCCCCCGGCCGACAAGCCCGAGGAGAGCUGAGCCCCCGGCGCCCUCCGGCCAUGCCCCGACGCAGGUGUCCGCCCUUUCUGAUUCCGGCUCCUCCGGGCCUGAACCCUCCCCGGCCGGCGCCCAUCUCUGAUCCCCGAGGGAAGUCAGGCGUCCUGCUGCCGCCGCGGUACCUCGGCCCGGGGACUGUGAUCAUGGGGAGCCCUCAGCGCCGGCGAACUCCCGGGCACCGAGUCGGGAGAGGGAGACAUUAACUUGGAGACUUCUGUUUGGAUUUUGGCGUUCGUUUUUCCCUCCUCAUAAAGCUAAAAAUCUUUUGAGCAA